GCGUAACAGUCCCUCACAUGUAGAAGUCGGCAGCUGCAUGAGAGAGGGAGAUGAAACCUCAACUUGAGAGCACGGACCCAAAAGAUGUUUACUGACACGGUUCUUAUAUAUUUCAUGAAAUAACAGUAGACCUAUACCUAGCUCGCCGUGAAUGGUUCUUAUGCCAAAGAAAAUGUUUUAGUCAUAUUAUCACCAGACAACUGUGAAGCCCGGCUGCAUACCGUCCAGUGAUUAAUUUCAGCUGAUUAUAAUUAGCGUUUUUCAAGCAAUAGGACACAAUUCUCAAGCGGGUUGCUUUAAUAAUACAACAUCAGAACGAGCGCGUGGAGGCACCUGGGACGGAAUCUCUCGCAUGCACGCCGCCGCGCGCUCCUGCCACACUGAACACGGGAACGGGAUCCGCGCGCUGGACAUGAGGAGGACCUCAUCCCGAGCCUGAUUUCCUGCGGUCCCGGCCAUCUGUGUGGCUUCGACUCGGAGGAGAAAUUACUCUUACAAAAUGACACAGCCUCAGACGACCACGGACCUGGAGCAGAGCUGCAGUAUGUCAAAAAAGAACAUGAUCUCCAAAAUUUUUAAAGUUCGCAAAAGGAGAGAAAUGCUGUUAGUGCAGGUGUGCUUCAUCUGCAGCGUCCUGUUAUUGGCUUGGUGUAUGUCGGCGUUGCUCACAAAAACGGGUCAUGGGCUGGUGCUACAGGAGGGUUUUGCUGCUCAAAGAGAUCACUUGGGCCGAAGGCUUAUGGCCAUAGCGGGAGACAAUGAGACUGAGGAGAACUGCACAAAACCAGCCAUCCUCGAGUUCCCCGUGGAUGUAUUCACCAACAGACAGCGUACACAAGGAGCUGUUCUGCUACACAUAUUUGCGGCUUUAUAUAUGUUUCUGGCCCUUGCUAUUGUCUGUGACGACUACUUUGUGACCUCUUUAGAGAAGAUCUGUGAGAAACUGCACCUGAGUGAAGAUGUAGCAGGAGCGACCUUCAUGGCAGCUGGAAGCUCCGCCCCAGAACUGUUUGCCUCUAUAAUUGGUGUGUUCAUUACACAUGGAGAUGUGGGGGUGGGUACCAUAGUGGGCUCAGCUGUGUUCAACAUCCUGUGCAUCAUCGGCGUGUGUGGGAUUUUUGCGGGGCAGGUUGUUUAUCUCACAAAGUAUGCUGUAUUCAGAGACUCGACCUACUACAUUUUUUCUGUGGUUGCCCUUAUUGCAUUUAUUUACGAUGACAAGAUUUUGUGGUGGGAGAGUCUGGUACUGAUUCUCAUGUAUGUUGGCUACAUCGUCAUCAUGAAGUUUAACACUAGCAUUCAAAACUCCUUUGCGGGCAAGGAUGGCAAGGGUGUCGUCAAUGGUAACGCGGUCAGCAGCGAGAUGGAGGAUGGUAAUGAAUGUUAUGGGCAGUUUUGGGAUGAUGCAUCAUGGCCGCUACUCAGCCCAGUAAAGCCCAGUAAAACAUACUCUAGGGGCUCUGUUGUGAUGGUGGACGAGAUGAUAAAUUCAAGCCCUCCACAUUAUCGGUUUCCCGAGGCCGGCCUCAGGGUCAUGAUCACCAACCACUUUGGACCCAAGACACGUCUGCGCAUGGCAAGCCGACUUAUCAUCAACGAGCAGCAGCGGCUGGGGAAGACGGCCAAUGGGGGGGACGAAGUGCUGGUGGCUGACCAGAGAGCUGACACCAUGGAAAAUGGCAACGUAGCGGAGGACAAACUCUCUGAGGAGCUGGAGAGUGAGAUGUCAUCUCCUUUCAGCUUGCCUGGUGGCGCUUUGGAUAAAGUGAAGUUUUUCAUUUCCUGGCCCAUUUUGGUGUUGCUGUACUUCACUGUGCCCAACUGUGCCAAGCCGCGGUGGGAGUUCUGCUUCAUGCUGUCCUUCUUCCUUUCGACGCUGUGGAUAGCUGCCUUCUCCUACAUCAUGGUGUGGAUGGUCACAAUCGUUGGAUACACACUUGGAAUCCCAGAUGUCAUUAUGGGUAUAACUUUCCUGGCUGCUGGCACCAGUGUUCCUGACUGCAUAGCUAGUCUUAUUGUCGCACGACAAGGCCUGGGGGAUAUGGCUGUCUCGAACACGAUUGGCAGCAAUGUCUUUGAUAUCCUGGUUGGGCUCGGCGUUCCCUGGGGCAUCCAGACAAUGGCUGUCAACUACGGCUCUGUGGUUCAAAUCAACAGUAGAGGAUUGGUUUACUCUGUUGUCCUGCUGCUGGGUUCGGUUGCUUUAACCGUGUUGGGGAUCCAUGUGAACAGGUGGAGAUUGGACUUUAAGCUGGGCGUGUACGUGCUUGUUCUGUAUGUCAUUUUCCUCUGCUUUUCUGUCAUGAUCGAAUAUAACGUCUUCACGUUCGUCAACCUGCCCAUGUGCCUCGAGGAACUGUAGGCCGGGAGAUUUUCAUGGGUCUCUACUGUUGAAGAAAACCACUGUCUCCCACUUCACAUUCACACCACUGUGGUUCAGAUGGAAGAACUGCAUUUCCCAGAAGACUGUUGACUCUCCAUCAAUUCCAGGAAAUGAAACUCUCGUUGGCAGCUCUUUAUAACUGGAUAUUCUUCCACUUCUGAACCUUGGACAAUCACAAUGCAGCUCAUAAUUGUCUGUACUGGACUGUUUGAAGCUGGAAGAUUCAGACUGUACACUUUCAUCACAAACUGCACACACAGCAAUGACAAAGAAUGCUGCUCAUUCCUAUAUGCAUUAGCAAUCUACAUUUUCUAAUUUCUGUCUUCCCUUAAGACACUCUGACAUGAACAUGAAUAUAAUGCACUUUAUAUGUGGCAUAAAACAUCUAUAUCACAUUAAUUUAUUUCCUCCAGUACGAAAAAAUUUAAGUAUGUCCUUGAUGUGGUGCAACAAAAAGAUGGAACUGACAUGAAAUCACUGCCCUCGGGCAAGAAAGUCAUUCUCGCAGCUCGUUACACCCAAGAAAACUCUUGAAAAUAUGACUCGUAACAGAUGUGAAGCAUUUUCUGUUAUGGAUCAUGCAGCAGGGGGCGAGAUGUUCUGGAAUCCUUAUGAGCUGGACAAUAUAUUUCCUGCUGAGAGCUUCUGGAGAGGUUA